AUGUUUGCUGCAAGUGCCAUCGUUCGGAAAAUAUCGUCCAAAGUCUCACAUGGAAUUUCUUCAAAACGUAAUGCUGAAGAAAUGGACUCGGAAUUUAUCAACAAACACGUGGCUGAGAAAGAGCACGAGGAUUAUGUAUCAAUUUUGAAAACUCAUGUGCACCAUGUGAUCGAGUUAGAAAGUGAUGAAAGGUACCCCGAUUGUGUUUUUGUAGAAGAUCCGAUCGUAGUUGUUGAAGCUAUUGUUUUUCUCAAUAGAAUGGGAGCCUUGUCCAGAAGAGGUGAAAUUGAUGCAUUCCGAGAAUUGUUUUUCUCUCGUAAUACCACUAAAUUUUCUCCUCAAUACACCUUUGUGGACAUGUAUGAAAAAAGUGAGAAUGCAACUGUGGAUGGUGGAGAUUGUUGUGCCAUUUAUGAAACCAAGCAUUUAUUUAUGGGAAUAUCAUCACGAACGAACAUGGAAGGUGUUUCGUUGUAUGAAAAUGUGCUGUCACAAUAUGGCUGGAAAGUAAUUCCUGUUAAAGUGAAACAAGGACUUCAUCUUAAAUCAUUUGUGACAUACUUUUUGAGCUCCAAUGGUGAAAUUUUAUUAAGCGUGAAUGAUGAUGAAAUUGGAAGAGACAUUUUCUCUCAAAUUGAAGAACAUUCAAAUGAUCAGUUUAAAUACAAGGCUGUUUUUGUUCCAGAGGAGGAAGCAUGCAAUGUGGUGAGUUUUAAAAGCUCCAAGACCAACAAGCAUGUCAUUAUUUACAAAAGUGGUUACCAGAAAUCAGAAAAUAUUUUCAAGAAUGCUGUGAACCAAUCACAAGCGUCAAAUGUUGAGUUGAUUCCUAUCAAAUACGAUGAAUUAGCAAAAUUGGAUGGAUGUCUCACUUGUUGUUCCGUCCUUUUUCAGUGA